AUGUGUAUUCGCAAAAAGCAUAAGAAAUCUUCCAAAUCGAUCGCCGUCACGCCCAAACAACAGGCAAUUGCUGCUCCUAGGCCUCCAAAGCCAAAGCCUGCUACAGCUCCUGUUAUCAAGAAAUCUCCUCUAAAGUCGCUUCCACUCAAGACUUUUCAAAGGCUUACACCUACUGCUUCACAAAAGUCGACCAAAGGCUCGAGUAUCUUCAAAUUAAAAUCGCAGAGCAUCAAAGUCAAAAAGGAUGAAGGUCUUCCAGAAAUAAUCAAGGCUAAAAAGCCCGUGAACAAGCAAAAUUCGGCUGGAAUGCUUGAUUUGCAGAUUACUCCAAAGAAGAGCCGCCACGGUGACCAGACACAGCCAAAGAAACAAUCGGAUGCCAUUCUUCAGAAACAAAGCAUUACAAACAUUGAACUGAUUAGUGGGGCUCCGCGUUCUAUGGAAAGCUGGACAAAGUCUUGCGCGGCAAUUCGCGAAAAUACAUUUUCUGAUGAGGACAUAAAAAGGACGCCAACGGAAAGGUCGAAUGUUACGCCGCAAGCUGCAUCGGAAAAUUGUAAAGUCAACAACACAAAGAGUCCACGGCAAGUCAUCAACGUUAUCACUUCUCCCAGCGCAAAGCAGCAUCUAGACAUUGAGAAACCCGAUCCUCGAUACUCACAGCAGCAAUUGAUUUAUUCGGCAUUUGUCUACCAGGGACGUUUCACUCGAUCUUGGACUUUUACUGACAUUCGCCCAGAAGGUGGUUUGAUGGAACAGGAUUUUCUUGAAACAAAUGCUGGAUUCUCAAAUUUGCUCCUUGGAUGUUCGAAAGCCGAUUGCCCACUUAAAAAGAGCGGAAGUUGGGCUCGGGUUUCCGCUUCAAAGAACCGCACUAUCACCGGCUGUUGUAAACAACAAUUUCCAGGCCGUGCUGCAGUUAUUUCAUCAAAUGAAGGGAUUGCUCGAUCGUCGCAAUCUCGAUCUCGCUUUUGUGCUCGAACCUCUAAGAGCAAUUCCAACGUCAAAAUGAAAUCGAUGGGUCUUGAGAAAAAGCAAAGCAGCGAGACAACGAUGAAAUCAAAGCCCAUGCACGCACACACACAACGUCUUCAUACAUGCCGCAACGUUGCUUGUACCAAAGGAAAGACCGAAUCAGAAGUUCGUCACUUUGAACGCCUUGAUGUAAUGGCCGAUGAAGAAGAUGCUAAAAUGCUUGGAGAAUAUAAGCGCCCACUCGAUCGUAAAGAUGUGCUUAAACAGCUCGAUGCUUUGAUUAUUGAAAUGAACAAGAUGCCGACUCAUAUCAACAUUAACGAAACUCGUCCA